AACUAUUCAACCUUACCAGAUUGUGAUUUAGAAUCAGAGCCUUUAAGUGGUUAGUUUACUUCGUUCGGUGUAAAAUACACUUGAUAACCAAUUGAAGCUCAUAGUCAUAGUGCUCGCUGAUUAUAAAAUGGUGCAGAUUAAUAUCUGGUUCGUCCCUCGGUCGAGGUCCACUGCUCUGGUUCGAUGUCUCUCCAACAUCUCCGACUCGCAAGUGUUUUUCGAGAACUUCCUCUGGGCAUUCUACCUCGGAGAUGAAGAUAGCAUGUUCACAAAACACCGAGACCAGAUGGCCCCAAAAGCACAUGAGCAUGUUGUACCAGGUUUCAACACUAACUCGGCAAUAAAACAAUUCCAAGACUCCUCGGCCAAGGUGAAAAUAUCGAAGGAUUUCAUUUUUGCACUCAACGGCAGAUACGAAGAGGUGAUUGAGAAGGACUCGGUCAACGUAUUCUUGGUGCGUGACCCAGCAAAUGUGUUCACGUCUUUCCUGCCCACUAGCAACAAGUACUUCCACGCGGUGGCCAAGGGCACCCACAAGGACCUGACUGUGUAUUAUGGGGCUGUUCUGCAGGGAGUAGAGAAAGUGGCCCUUAUGUGUAGUGUACCGCCCAUGAUUGUCGAUGGAUCGCAGCUUUCAACGACAAGCGGUGCGACCAAAGUUGUCUCAACCAUCUGUGAAAAAGCAGGCAUCGAAUUCUCCGAGUCUUUUCUCACUUGGGAGGCGGGUGACGGACUUCCCUCCAGCUGGGUAGCACCCAAACCGGCCAGAAGUGUAAAUGAGUUGCUGGGGUUUUUUGCCAGGGCUAAUAAAUCCACAGGGUUCGAGGAUUCGAAAGAGAGAGUUGUAGAUCUGGAAGAGAUCGGCAAGGAACACCCGGAGAUUGUGGAGGAUAUCAAGGCAUGCAAGCCUUACUAUGAGAAGGUCAUUAGUUUGCCCUAUAUGUUCAAGUUAUAAACGCUUGGCUUUUCAUUACACAUCAUUUACUUACUUCAGAUUGGACGAUUGUAUUUUUCUGAGUUAGCAGAAAUUUGGUAUAUGUAUAUGUUUUUUUGUACAACUGCGGUUGAAGAUCAAAGAACAAAUUAAACCAAAAUUAUUUUCA